GCGUGAUACACGCGGCUGUCACGCGGUCAACGACUGAUGAUAAAUGCAUGCAUGCAUCACACACAUGCGAAGAAUCGCGAUCGAAUCACCCCAGGUCUCAGUUCUCGUUGAUCGACACUUCGUAUUUCGUAGUACUCAGUAAUAAUUACGAUCGAUUCGAAACGCAUCCUCAAAGAGCAUUUCAAGUACUCGUUUCUUUCAAGUUUUGAUAUCAGCAAAGUGCUUCUAAUCCACGUUGCAAAAAUGAGCAAAAAGCAAGCACUUACUGAUUCGAAAAUCACACUCGUCGAAUCUCCCGAAAAGUUAACAGACGUCGCAUGUGAAUCAAAAGAAUCAAAAGAAUGCUAUUCAAAGAGGAAAAAGGAGCAAGUGCCGAGCGAAAAAUCGGUAGAGAAAAUUAAAGAAAAUGUAAAGGAAAUAACGAGAGUGCAUGAAGUGCACAAGGCGGAAUUUCAGAAGAUUAUCAAAGAUGUCAAGUCUUCCGAAAUCUCUACCGAAACUCCUCAAGUAAUGAAAAUACGCGAAACUCAUAAAGCAAAAUCUACAAAGGAUAUUAAAGAUGAUCAAUUGGACAUUUCUAGUAGAAUUUCUGAAACUGGCCCUGUCAAGGAUACGAAAUCAACUGAAGAUGCGAGCAAAACGAAAAAAAUUCCUGUCAUCGAACAAAUUGAAAAGUUAUACAAACCAUGGAACGCGGCCGUGCCUAGGACUUGGGCACCAAUGUCAGCGCCAGACCUAAAUGAACGUCCUUUCGUCCUAGCAACGCAUCUUGUUCCUUCAUUGCCGAUCGGACUCUUCGAGGUGCUCGCGGAAAUUAUUGAAGUUGUCACGAAAAAACCGGUCAUCUUGCUUCACGAGUCCAGAAUUGGCCGACCAAUCGCCCAAAAUAUUACUGAUAUAGCUAUCCUGCCAGCGGCCGAAAAUUGGAAAGAUGGUGUGCUUUUACCCGUUAGUUUGAUUUUCAAGCAUCAUUUGAACAAGAACAAUUCGCCCUGCGUAUACGCAGAUAUAAUCGUCGCGAAUGAUCGUGCUACACAUGUUGAAGAUAUUAUGGAUUUGCGAGGACACAGAUGCGCUGUUGCGGAUAGACGUAAUCAAGUCAGCGCCGCCGGAUUACUCUUCAAUCAUCUGCACACAAAAGGCGAGAAUCCGGCGUUCUUCGGCAAUACUCUAGACGCUAAUUCGCAGCUCGCCGUAUUGCAAAUGGUUGCCGGCAAGCAGGCAGAAGUGGGAAUUUUAGAAGCACCAGUGAUCAGAUGCCACAAAUUUGCUGUACCGGGCGCGGAAUUUCUUCACAUCCUCACUAGUUUAGGACCCUUGCCGCCUUAUCGCAUCAUGAUCAACAAGACAAGCUUAGUGAACAAUUUCGCCAAAGAGCUCGCAAUUUAUUUACGAAGCAUAAAUCAAUACAAGGAAUGGAUGGACAGGCUGUCGCCCUUCGGUGUCAUCGGUUUCGCUGAGAAUUUGAUGGACUACUAUAACUUGCACGACACGAAGCCUGUAAUCACCAGCGUACCUUACUAUUAAGUGUGCUUUAAGUAAUGAUUUAUUCUUCAUUUCUUCACUCUUUUUGCAUACAUACAUAAAUUUAUUUUUACACUAGUUCUUUCACAAUAUGACCUUUUAUUAAAUUUAAAACAAUGAUUCAUUCAUUUAUUCUUGAUCUGUAUAUUUAAUUCGUCAAAAAUCUGUAUAUUUAAUUCGUUCUUUCUCAUCCGAUUCUACUUCCUCUUUGUUAUAACACCGAUUAAUUCUGAAUUGAGUCGCAAUUAAUAUACACAGCGUGUAAAAUAUUAUCAAAAUCUGCUUUGCAAACUGUACAAUUUUUCUAGGAAAACUACGAUCUAAAAGCAGUAACAACCCGAUGAGGCUCGUCUUCUAAUGAAUACUCAAUUUUUUUCCCUUUUUUCAUUUUUCAAGUAAUUUUGUCAUUCUAUAAAUUAAAAUUACUUUGAAUCAGCAA